GGUUUAUACAAAACUUGGCGAAAUGAUCAAUGCUAUGAGGAACCUCUGUGACCUCUUAGAACUAGAUAGCUCAGCACCACCUAGUGUCCUGGUGAACACUGUUGGAAAGCUAUGCAAUUUGUUUAAUGAGAAUGUGGCCUGGCAGGUGGAACAACUCCUGGGCACACAAGACAUUGAAAGCAUUAUCUACAAGUUAGAAGAACAUGACGACUUUUUCCCAGCAUUUCAUGCUCUUAUUAACAACUUACUUCGUGUUCUGGAAGUCAGAAGUCUCGCAGAAAUAUUACCUGCUGUACAGAAGCUGAAAUGGAUGGUCCAAUAAUAUAAACUAAAUGUAAACUUUUAACAUGUUGACUACCUCUU